AUGAACAAUAAUAUUGGCGAAGAUGAUGAUGAUUUGCUCAUCAGUGGAGCUAGGAACAACAACAGAGGUCAAAUCAAUUUAGAUUUAUCGAAUUAUUCAUGCAACAUGUAAGACUCAUAUCCAUUAGCUAUAUCAGCCCUGAUAUCACCCCAUCAUUUGAUCUACUUAAUUUUAGGAAGUUCAUCCUGAAUCAAAAUUGGAAUAUGAGUGACUUAUAGGAGUUGAUUCUGAAUUGUUAACUGAGUUCGAUCAAAUUGAGAUUAAGCAUAUGGAGAUUGUUCCUGGGCAUCUUUUCAAUCGAUGACCCUCUCGAGUAGAAAAUCAUUAAGCUCAAUCAACAUAGAUAAGAUUACCAAAAUUUAAGCAAGUAAUAUUUAUAAGCUGAAACAAAGAAAGAAUCCAAAAGAACGAUAAGAAAUCCUUUGUUAUAAAAUUAAUAAGAAUAGCAAAAACCCAAUGUAAUAAUAGAUAUAAUCUUUAAUUAAGGUUUGGAAUAACUUUUUUGAGAUCAACCACCUGAAAAGUGAAAUUAAGAAGGAUGUCGAUAGAACUCAUCAGGAUAAGUAGUUAUUCUAGAGCUUAAAGAUUAAGAAUUUGCUGUCGAACAUUUUAUUCAUCUGGAGUGUUAAGAACCCUUCAAUCUCCUAUAGAUAAGGAAUGAAUGAAUUGGCAGCUAAUGUUAUUGAGGUCUACUUCACAGAAGCCUAAGGGUUUAAUAGCUUAGAGGAUAGUGAUGAUAAGAAGGAGAUAGCGAUAUUCUAUGAUACCAAAUUUGCAGAAGAAGACAUCUUUUAAUUGUUUGAAUAAAUCAUGGUUGCUCAUGUAGACAUGUUCAAACAUACUCCAGAAAGCCAGAAAAAACAAUAACUUAUUAUAUAGAAUAGGAUCCAGAAAAUCUAUGAUCAAUAGUUGAAAAUAAUUGAUGUGACCUUAUUCAAACAUUUAAAAGUCUAGGAUGUUGAACUAUCAGUAUUCUUAGUUAGAUGGAUUAGGUAAUUGUUGAUGGGAAUAUUAAUUUAGAUGUAUGUUUACAAGGGAAUUUCACGUUGAAGAUUCUUUGAAAGUUUGGGAUGCCAUAUUCUAUGAUUACUAUCUUACUGAGGAUAAAUAAUGGCUUCUAUUGGUUGAUUGCGUUGUUAUAGCCAUGUUUGUUUAUGUCCGAGAUUAAAGUACCAAAAAUUUCACUAUAUUUCUAGUACUCGAAAAGGAUGAUCCGAAUGCAUGUUUGAAAAGGUUUCUGAAAUACCCUCCAGUUGAAAAUCUAGCCUAAUUGAUUCAGGCUGCGUUUAGUAUUAAAAGAGUUCUACAGUCUGCUAAUCCUGAACAAGCCUUACUUUAGGAUCAGUUCUUGAUUACUUUCCUAGGCAGUAGAGAUGUCAGCAAGUCUCCAAAAAUAUUCUAAAAUGCUAAGAAUCAAGAAAUUCUUGAAGAAAACAACAAGUAAAUAAGAUUAUCAAAUAGAUUGAUAGAAGCAACCAAUUUGAAGUAACAAGACAGUAUUGAGAUGCAGAUGAAUCAAGCAUAACUCUUACUUAAAGCUUUAAACCAAGGGAUUGUGUGUAUCCAGAGAUUCAACACAGAUAAGUCUGUUAAUGAAGUGAAGUAACUUCUAGAGAAUGCCAAAUCAGAACUGUUAAAAUGCUUAGAUUAACAAUCAAAUUGAAUUUUAA